AUGGAAGAGAAUGCUAAGUCGAAAUGCAGGUGCGUCUACUCGACCAAUCACACUCUAAAUUUCAACUACAGGUUGUUAUUUGAGAACUAUGUCGUCUCGAAAAUGGAGUUUCCUGCUAACUGCACGGAUGGUAAUAACGUGAUGCGCGCGCAUGGUGACGUCUGGACGACAACGGCAGGGUCGUGUGACCGCAGAAUCUGCUACGAAAAUAAGCGGUCGAACAGGAGAUGGCAAAUAAAUCAAGACUGCCCUCCGCACAUAGAUUACUUGGACAGGAUCAACUGUGCGUACAGGAGCGACUCCACGCAGACCUUUCCUAAGUGUUGUCCGUACCUGUACUGUCAAAACCGGGAGCCAGAAAACACCACGGUGCCGGAUCCGUCUCCCGACGACUGCGUUGAUCGAUCGCCGACGACAGCCUGCAUGUACUGGAAACUCAAGUCCAACUGCACUUACAGCGCCGACGAUCUCGUCCAGAGACUCUACAACUUCACCGUUGGCUACUGCAAGUUCACAUGCGGGUUCUGUUAGAGAAGCGGCUAGGGCGUAUAUACAUUCAGAACAGCAUUGGAUAAUUCGGCAUUGCCAUAUAAACUUAUAGAUUCUACUGGCAGAAAAUACGAGUCCAGCAAAAAUUCUUCCACAGAAGUGCCUGUUGUGGAAUUGCAUUACUUAUUAAUUACUAUUCUGAACUUCUAUGUUUUACUUUUGACAUGAGGAUUUUUAUGUAAAAACUUCUGGAAAUAUUGACGUCUAAGAAGUAUUUUUUAUGUUUGUAUGCUGUCUAUGCUGUGUUGUCAAGAUUGUUUUAUUAUUACGACAUUUUAGCUGUGUAUAACCUGUGUAUAAACUUUAAAUAUGUAUACACUUUUUACUGGUCUCACU